CCGCCGUGACGCCUCUCCCGCGAAAUCACCGCGUUCUUUCAACGUGCACUUUACCCUCUCUCCCCUCAAAAAUCCCUCUAUCAAAAACAUCUCCAUAGAAAAACUUCAGGCAAGAUCCCCUGCUUUUCGAUGGCGGUCCUCAACCGCCUCAUCAGAUCCGCCGUCGCCGCUAGAUCUCCGGCGCUGACCUUCUCCUCGCUGUCUUCUUCCAUUAAAGACCCGAGCUUUCCGGCGACCACUGGCCGCACGGCGGCGGCGGAGAGGAACGUGCAGUGGGUGUUCUUGGGGUGUCCAGGCGUUGGAAAGGGGACUUAUGCGAGCAGGCUCUCGAGUCUUCUCGGAGUUCCUCAUAUUGCCACUGGUGAUCUCGUUCGCGAAGAGCUCAAUUCUUCUGGUCCUCUCUCGAAACAGCUUGCAGAAAUUGUCAAUCAAGGCAAAUUGGUUUCAGAUGAAAUUAUUAUAAAACUGUUGUCAAAGCGCCUUGAAGAGGGAGGAGCUAGGGGUGAAUCAGGAUUCAUUCUUGAUGGUUUUCCGCGGACGCUAAGACAAGCAGAAAUUCUUGAUGGAGUGACUGAAAUUGACCUGGUGAUCAAUCUGAAGCUGAGAGAGGAUGUAUUACUUGAGAAAUGCCUUGGGAGGAGGAUUUGUAGCCAGUGUGGAGGAAACUUUAACAUUGCUAAUAUCAACAUCAAGGGUGAAAAUGGGAGGCCUGAUUUAUCUAUGGCCCCACUUCUACCACCUUCACAUUGUGCAUCAAAGCUUAUUGCUCGAUCUGAUGAUACUGAACCAGUGGUAAAAGAGCGAUUGCGUAUAUAUCAUGAACUGAGCCAGCCUGUUGAGGAUUUCUACCGCAAGCAAGGGAAGCUUUUGGAGUUUGAACUUCCAGGAGGGAUCCCAGAAUCAUGGCCAAAGCUAUUGCAUGCAUUGAAUCUUGAUGAUCAUGAUGAUAAACAGUCUGCUGCUGCAUGACCAUGAAUUAAAGUGAAUAAUGCUCGACCAGCAUGUUUGCAAUUUUACAUGCAUGGUUAUUUUUAAUACCAUUCUUUAAAUAAGAUCUCAUACUUAUCACUUUUGUUCAUCGACGAUUGAAGAUAACGGUGUAACUUUAUAGUCGGUUAUAGUUUGAUUUAUACUGUGAUAUUUAUGUAAGUAGUAAUUUUGAUCUCUACUUUACAGUCGGUUAUAGUUUGAUUUGUACUGUGAUAAGUAGUAAUUUUGAUCUCUUGGUCACCGAUCGUAUUCAGAUAACAAGUGCAUGUUUCAAUC